AUGUCAAGAAUAUUUUUAAGUAAUUUAAAAGUAAUAAAUAGUGUAAUAAUUAGCUGCGGUAAAUCAAAAACAGCGUCGAGGUUGGCAUAUUUGGGGGUUGGAGUCAUAGCAACAGGUAUUGUAACAUACAGUAGUUCAAAAAAUGAAGUGUAUGCAGCUCAACCACAACUGGAUGUAUCUAAAUUUAUGGCAAGCCCAAUAACCCCAGUGGAAGAAUUAAAAAAAAAUGGGAGCAGUAUGAAAAGUAAAAUGGAAAUUCUCAUUCUAAAAAUACAAGCUGACUUUUGUAAAUCUUUAGAGUCAUUUGAAGAUGAAGAACGCUUCAAAGUUGACAGGUGGUUGCGCACAGAGGGUGGUGGCGGUAUUACCUGUGUGAUGCAAGAAGGUAAAGUUUUUGAGAAAGCCGGCGUCAAUAUUUCCGUAGUAUCUGGUAUGUUACCACCAGGUGCUAUCCAACAAAUGCGAGCACGUGGUAAACAAAUGGACGAAGGCAGCUUGCCAUUCUUCGCAGCAGGUGUUAGUGCUGUCAUUCAUCCACGUAAUCCCAUGAUACCCACAAUACAUUUUAAUUAUCGUUAUUUUGAAGUUGUUAAUAACGACGGUACUGUACAAUGGUGGUUCGGAGGCGGAACUGAUCUAACUCCGUAUUAUUUAAAUGAAGAUGAUGCUCGUCAUUUUCAUCAGACUCUUAAAAAAGCCUGCGACCAGCACGAUCCAUCUUACUACGCGAGAUUUAAAAAAUGGUGCGAUGAAUAUUUUUUCAUUAAACACCGCGGCGAGUGUCGAGGAGUUGGCGGGAUAUUUUUUGAUGAUAUAGACACGCCCAAUCAAGAUGCGGCAUUUAAAUUUGUGAGCUCGUGUGCUAAGUCUGUUAUACCCUCGUAUGUUCCCUUGGUUGCUAAGCACAAAGAUGAUGGGUAUGGAUAUGCUGAACGUCAGUGGCAACUGCUGAGACGAGGACGUUACGUUGAAUUUAAUUUAAUUUAUGAUCGUGGAACCAAAUUUGGACUUUAUACUCCGGGUGCCAGGUAUGAAAGUAUUUUAAUGUCGUUGCCGUUAACUGCAAGGUGGGAGUAUAUGCACGAACCAGCUGUUGGAUCUAAAGAAGCUCAACUUAUGGAAGUACUCCGUACUCCUAAAAACUGGCUCAAUAUUAAAGAAUAA